GUCCGCGCCGGAAGUGAGCGGCGGGGGCGGAAGCGGGCGCGGCGCGAGCACGCAGAGCGCGCAAGGGGUCUGCGCUCCGGGCCGGCAGGGUCCGCCGUGACCCCAGGCCCCACUCCGAGACGCGGCGCGGCCCAGCAGAGGCACCCGCCUCGGAAGCGCUCCCCGAGACGUCGACCCCAGGAGGCCGCGCGAGGGACGGCCAGGAGCUCGCGGGCCCUGAGGCCUCGGCCGCGGAGUCCCAGCCUCCACAUGGCCGCCGGAGUGGGCGCGGCCUCCGAGGAGCUGCCUCACGACGGCACGUGUGACGAAUGCGAGCCCGACGAGGCCCCGAGGGCCGAGGAAGUGUGCCGGGAAUGCGGCUUCUGCUACUGCCAGAGCCAUGCGGAGGUGCACAGGCAGAAGUUCCACAGUCACCACCUGGCCGAGUAUGUCCAUGGCGCCCAGGCCUGGACUGUGCGGCCCCCCGGGGAUGGGGUGGGGAAGGACGACACUGGGGCCAAAGCGGAGCCGGAGAGGGAGGUAGAGAGCGAGGCAGGGGAGGAGAGCGAGUCUGAGGAAGACAGCGAGUCCGAAGAAGAGAGCGAGACGGAGGAGGAGAGUGAGGAGGAAAGCGAGGAAGAGAGUGAAGAAGACAGCGAGGAAGACAUGGAAGAUGAGCCCGAAAGUGAGGCGGAGGAGGACAACCAAGAAGGAGAAUCUGAGGCGGAAGGGGAAACCGAGGCAGAGAGUGAAUUUGACCCAGAAAUAGAAAUGGAAGCAGAGAGAGUGGCCAAGAGGAAAUGUCCGGACCAUGGGCUCGAUUUGAGCACUUAUUGCCAGGAAGACAGGCAGCUCAUCUGUGUGCUGUGUCCAGUCAUUGGGACGCAUCAGGGCCACCAGCUAUCUACCCUAGAUGAAGCCUUCGAAGAACUAAGAAGCAAAGACUCAGGAGGACUGAAGGCGGCUAUGAUAGAGCUGGUGGAAAGGUUAAAGUUCAAGAGCUCAGACCCUAAAGUAACUCGGGACCAGAUGAAGGUGUUCAUACAGCAGGAAUUUAAGAAAGUUCAGAAAGUGAUUGCUGAUGAGGAACAAAAGGCCCUUCAUCUAGUGGACAUCCAGGAGGCAAUGGCCACGGCUCAUGUGACUGAGAUAUUGGCAGACAUCCAAUCCCACAUGGACAGGUUGAUGACUCAGAUGGCCCAGGCCAAGGAGCAACUUGAUACCUCUAAUGAAUCAGCUGAGCCAAAGGCAGAGGGCGAUGAAGAGGGACCCAGUGGUGCCAGUGAAGAAGAGGACACAUGAAGGCUGGGCAUCCCCAGUGGAAAACCAUCCCUUCCCCUGUGUGUCUGUACCAGCGUGUGUGUAACGGCUUCUGAUUUUCGUGAAAGCUGCCCAGCAACCACUGUCCUUCCUUAGAUACGUCCCCAGAUCCACAGCAGGCACAACUCUCUCCAAGAGACAAGCAGUCGUGUGCUUACCGAGUGUGUGCUGCUCAUUUUCUCAUGGUAGGUCGAGAAAGAGCAUCUCUGAUCAGCUGGGAGCAGUUAAGAAGGGUCCUUCAGGUUCGCCCUCAUGGCUGCUUCGAACUUACUCAGGAAAGUCGACAAUGUGACUUCAUCAGGAAGAAUGUGGAAAAAUUUGGAAGGGAAGGCAGAUUUUGCCUACAUGCAGACGAAAACCCUGCCUUGUUCAUAGUGAAGCAUGAAACAAAUGAGAGCCUAAUUGGGGCUGAACUGACCCGUGCAGACAGUCUCUCAUAGCUCCAGUCCGCCUUCGCAAAAGUGGGUGCCAUGGAGCAGGAUUAAUGUGAAAGAGUUAAAAGCUGGAAUGAUAGAUAUUUUCAGUAUCUGAAGUUACCCAGGACUUCAGAUUCAUAAUUCAGUGCUGUGGAAAUGAAAAAUAUGAUGGAAGAGAGGUGGAAAGGAAAUGACCUUAGGGGAAGAAGAAGAAAAAAAAAAAGAAAUGGACCAAAGAAUCUGAUUAAAAGUUGAAAUCAGUAUUUCUGAAUUCAAAUUGCUUGAGCUUCCAAGUAGUGACUAAAGGAUCUGACAGAACUUUAAUUAUUUGGGUGAACUCUUCAGGUUUUAUGGGCUUGUCAUAAUACAGAAGGCUGAAAUGUACAUUGUCAAAUGAGAAUUGUCACUAUAGAUUCUGCAAGUCUCACUCCCAGGCUAGCCUGACACAGCUUAUAUUAGUGUGGGAGAAUUCUUGCCAGUCUGUGGCUGGAUGAAUUCAGCUUCCUUUCCCAGCAGCUAUCCCCUCCUUUCACUCCAGCGGGAAUCCUCCUUCCCUUGACAGUCCUCACCCACAGACCUUCAGAUUAGCUCCCACACCCUAGCUCUUUCCUCGUAAGGAAAUGAGCAGACACCCCUCCCCGCCAGAGCUUGGUUUCCAGGCCUUUCUCCACUCCCAAACCACAGUUCCUUACAGCCAAGCUUUUUACCCCCAAGGAGGCAUCAAUAUGCUAAGGGCAUACAAAAUUGCAAGUUCAAAAGCAUUCAGUUUGCUAAAAAUCAGUUUUCAUAACAAAUCAUUUGCAAUUAGGGGAUAGCCUUUUUAUAUAAAUCAAAACCAGUUAUCUAACAAUACAGUAUCCAUACACAUGAGCUGUUGAGCUAAAAUGGGAGUCUUGGAAGGUACUUCUUGUUUGCAGAUGGGCUAUGCAUUUCCUUUCUUCUGUGUUUAGUCGUAUUUCUGUGUUCAUUCUGAGGAGUACAAUCAGAACCAUAUCCAAGAAGCCUUGGGGUUACUGCUAACCAAGGGCCUAGACUUCUAGCUCUUCUUAGGCAGAACCAAGGAUCUUGAUUUGGAGGAAAUCCCUCUUUUCCUGCCUCCCUGCUUGCCUGCUGGUAUCUGUGUACUUACGACAAAGCUUAGGGCUAGCUGGUAAUACGUGUAUGCAGGAUAGUUUUGAGGCAGAAACAACACUUGCUUACUGUAGGAGUCCUCUUUAUAUCAUUAUUUAACUCUGUGCAUGCUAUGAAGUCAUUUAUUCCUUUGAGGCCAGGAAGCUACCGAGCAUCUAUGCUUCUAGGUUAGGAUUACCCUUGUUUGGGCUGUUGAAGAAAUGUUUCUUUCUCAAACUGGUGUCCAACAAAUGGCUAAGACACUUUUGGUGCUUUACCUGCCUGUCUGCAAAGACUGGAGAAUUUAGUAUACCACAAGUUCAAACCUCCAACCAUACUCAACAGAACUACCCUAAAUGAAGGACCAGCAGUCACUCUUGAAAGAAUUGAAAAUAUCAGAAGACUACAAAGACUUGUAUUUGGAAGCUUGUAUCGUCUUUCCCCAGUAAUGACUGCUUGAUCUUCAGAUGGUAACCUUGUAUUAGCAAUGGACAAAUCGUUGGCUUUCCAUACCUGAUCACAUGCUCUUCCUUCAAAUCAGUAUUUGGAAAAUCCAAACAUUUAUGCAUUAGAUAUAAACAAAUAUAAAAAUAUGUGCCAUC